CUGAGGACGCGCCUGAGCAGAGCGGCACCUACUCUGGUCUCACUGAAGGGAGGAGGAGCCGCCGCCUGGGUGGAAGGUCGGUGGUACAGGAUCAAGUCCAUAUGGAGGCUGAAUCUCCUGUUUCCCAUGGAGUCACUGGCAAGGUGAUACAUGCUACUUUCUUAUCAGCCCUGAAGAUGUUGGAUGUUGGGAAAUGGCCAAUUUUUGCUCUCUGCUCUCAAGAAGAACUGAAGUUAAUUCGUCAAGCCUGUGUAUUUGGCAGUGCUGGUAAUGAAGUGUUGUAUGCAACUGAAAAUGAUGAGGUGUUUGUGCUUGGCACCAACUGCAGUGGCUGUUUGGGAACAGGCGACAUUCAGAGCACUAUUGAACCACAGAGAUUAGAUACUUUAUGUGGCAAAAAGAUAGCCUGUCUGAGCUAUGGAAGUGGUCCCCAUGUUGUUGUUACUACUGCAGAAGGAGAAGUGUACACAUGGGGCCAUAAUGCUUAUAGUCAACUGGGCAAUGGUACAACAAAUCAUGGUUUAGUUCCCUGUCAAGUCUCUACUAACUUGGUAAACAAGAAAGUAAUUGAAGUCGCCUGUGGCUCCCACCAUUCCAUGGUGUUAACAUCUGAUGGAGAGGUGUAUGCAUGGGGUUAUAAUAAUUCAGGACAGGUUGGAUCUGGUUCAACAGCUAAUCAGCCAAUUCCUCGAAGAGUUACCAGCUGCCUACAAAAUAAGAUAGCUGUUAAUAUAGCUUGUGGACAGAUGUGCUCAAUGGCUGUUGUAGAAAAUGGGGAGGUCUAUGUCUGGGGUUACAAUGGUAAUGGCCAGCUUGGAUUGGGCAGCAGUGGUAAUCAGCCAACACCCUGUAGAAUAGCUGCUUUGCAAGGCAUUCGUGUGCAGCGGGUUGCCUGUGGCUAUGCACAUACAUUAGUGCUAACAGAUGAAGGUCAGCUGUAUGCAUGGGGAGCCAAUUCGUAUGGUCAGUUAGGCACUGGCAAUAAAAGUAAUCAGUCUUACCCUGCACCAGUUACUGUUGAUAAGGACAGAGUUAUAGAAAUUGCAGCCUGCCAUUCUGCUCACACUUCUGCUGCUAAAACCCAGGGUGGUCAUGUGUAUAUGUGGGGUCAGUGCCGUGGCCAGUCUGUGAUUCUUCCACACCUUACACACUUUGCCUGCACAGAUGAUGUGUUUGCUUGUUUUGCUACUCCUGCUGUGACAUGGCGUCUCCUAUCAGUAGAACCUGAUGACCACCUAACGGUAGCCCAAUCACUGAAGAAGGAAUUUGACAACCCUGACACUGCAGACUUGAAGUUUCUAGUGGAUGGAAAAUAUAUUCAUGUUCAUAAAGUUCUUCUCAAAAUUAGGUGUGAGCAUUUUCGUUCCAUAUUAAAUAACAAUGAUGAUGAUAUUAUAGAAAUGAGUGAAUUCUCUUAUCAAGUUUACCGAGCCUUCCUGGAAUAUCUGUACACAGACAGCAUCAGUCUCCCUCCUGAGGAUGCAAUAGGGCUGCUAGAUUUGGCAACAUUCUAUAGAGAAAAUAGAUUGAAAAAGCUUUGCCAGCAAACUAUCAAACAAAGCAUUUGUGAGGAGAAUGCAAUUGCUCUUCUUUCAGCUGCAGUCAAAUAUGAAGCUGAGGACUUAGAAGAAUUUUGCUUCAGGUUUUGUAUAAACCACUUGACUGUGGUUACACAAACUACAGGCUUUGCAGAAAUGGACCAUGACCUCUUGAAGAAUUUCAUUAGCAAAGCAAGCAGAGUAGGAGCAUUUAAAAACUGAAGAAUGCUUGCUGCAAAGGAAGAUACUUUCAUCAUGGGAACACUUCCCCUUUGAAAAAC